AAAAGGGUGAUAAUAAGAUAGUAAGUUAAUUGAAGUUCAUAUUUUUUAAAAGUAUAAAAUGUUGAUGCGCUUAAAAUAACCUGUAUUUUGUAAUGGCAUCUGCAUUAAGCAGCUAUAAUAAAACAUACUUUAAUUGAGUUUUACAGAAGUCCAUUUGUCGAGUUUUUUCUUAUGAGUUUUGCAAAUCCCUACAAUUCUCGAGACACCUAAAUUACUCUCGGAGCUAAAGAAAACGUCACAAAAAGUUCACGCGCUUACGUCUGUCGCGUGUUUUUUAUCUUCAUAGUUACAUUUUCUGCAUGGGUUCAUCGUUAUCAUAUGUUUAUAAAAUUCAAAAACACUGGGAGAUUUCGCGUUUUUCACCUCUUCAGUCACAACCGAGUUUCCGUAAGAUAAGGUCAAACAGAAAGACUGUCAUGCUGGGACGACGUACUAUGGCAGCUGUACUACAGCGAAUGCUCCCAAAAACAUUGCCAAGUGUCUGUUUAAAUAGACAACUGGCAAGAUGGCGUCACACAGGGGUACAGAAGUUGAGCAGCUGCAGACCAGCUCCGGUGUUGACAGCUUCACCAGUUCGUGCCAUAUUAGAUGAACACACGUGCAUAAAGGGGCAUUUCCUGCCUCCACACUGUCCAGUGACACUUCAUGCACACAUGUAUAGUGAAGACGGUGACCUGUGGGAGGCUUUCGCCCAUUACAACACAAAACCAGAUGGCACCAUCAACUUGACCAGGGACCAUUCAGUUGGAGGUUCAUAUUUGGGCUGUGAGCCAAUGGGACUCUUCUGGAGUCUGCAACCAGCACCUGGAGGAAGAGAAGGUUUGAGACUGAGGAAGAAAAACGUAGAAACUCCUUUUGUUGUGAAUAUUUCUCUCUUGGAUGGUCAUGUCUCACCCAGUGAGAGACAGAGAGCUGAGCUGGCCACUGUGACAACCGAGCGCUGGUACAUGGCACCAGGUGUAAAAAGAAUCGAAAUUCGACAAAAUGGAAUUGUAGGGACAUUAUUCCUACCUCCUGGUCCAGGUCCAUUUCCAGCCAUGUUGGAUCUUUGGGGAAUGGGUGGAGGAUUGGUCGAGUACCGCUCUGCCCUGUUUGCAUCCAGGGGUUAUGCUAGUAUGGCUCUUGCCUACAUAGGUCACAAAGAUCUACCUGGUCCAUCCAACUCUGUUAAUGUCACCAAUUCCUAUUUCAAGUCGGCCUAUCAGCUGCUCCAAGACCAUCAACAGAUUUGUGCUGACAGAAUUGGAAUCAUUGGUCUGUCAUUUGGAGUGUAUCUGUCUCUACGUAUCGCCACCAAACUUGGCGUUAAUCCAUCGUGUUUAAUUUGUAUCAACGGACCUGUAGGAAGUACAGUCAAGCUUCGAGAUGAAGACGGAAGGACUGAAUGCAAUGAGAUUGAUACAAAAUAUUGGACAUUUGAUAAUGAAGGCAACGUAGGUUUCAAGGAAGUUUCCUUUCCUGAUAACCUUCACCCUGAGAGCAUAGUGAAGCUAGAAAAGCUCACCUGCCCAUUACUGUACAUAGUGGGAGAAGAUGAUCUUAGUGCCUCGAGCAUGGACAAUGCAAACUUGAUCCAGAAAACCCUGAAGGCUGCAGGGAAAUCUCACCUCUUCACUCGUUUGUCUUAUCCUGGUGCUGGACAUUUGAUCGAACCCCCUUACUCACCCAAUUCAAGAACGUCCUUUUGGAGCGUCAAACCCAUAAAAUUGGUCACUCUGUGGGGAGGUCAUCUCGCACCUCAUGCAGCUGCCCAGGAAGAUGCCUGGAGGAAAAUGUUGGCUUUCAUGCAAAAUAACCUAAGACGGUGAAUCUGUUUUGUGCCGUUGACCUUUGAGACAGAGACAAUUAUGAUAUUCUGCAUUAAUAACUUAGGUUAUUUUUGGCAUGAAUUCCAACCACCAUACAAUUACAGUUAUUUAUAUUUCACAGAAAUUAAUCAGCAGCUUAUAUUCCGACUGGAAACCGUGAGUUGGAAAAAUAUAAGUGCAGUUUAUACUGUCUGUACAGAGCUGGCAGAGGAGCCUCAAGGCAUACACUGUAUCUCCUAAUAAAUGAGCAGUAACCUUCAAA